AAAAAACUAAAACGUAAAAAAAUUAUAAUCAAAAACUCAUUUUAAAGAGAAUUGCAUUAGGCGCUCACACAAAUUCAAAUCAGAACCACCGUGUCACUGCGACGGCAACCACCGCCGAUUCCAUUCCGAAAUGGCGAACGUUGAAGAACUCAUAUCUUCUAUAUUCUCAGAUAUCAACACUUACACCGGAAAAGACCCUCUUCUUCCUUGGCUCCGAGGAAUCCGAAAGAUUAAGGACAAUCUUCCCUCAAAAACCCUCAAGGAAAAAUUACCCGACUUCUUGCGGAAAUGCACCCAAACAUUUGAGCUGGAUCGACGUUACAAAAACGAUAUGCGUUAUCUUCGUGUUUGGCUCCACUUGAUGGAUUUUGUGGAUGAUCCAAGUGCAUUGCUGAGAACUAUGGAGGUUAAUCAAAUCGGAACAAAACGAUGUCAAUUCUAUCAAGCAUAUGCUCUUUACUAUGAGAAGAGUAAGAAUUAUGAUGAAGCUGAGAAAAUGUAUCAUAUGGGAGUUAAGAACCUUGCAGAACCUGUCGAUGAGUUGCAGAAAUCUUAUGAACAAUUUCUUCAACGCAUGAAACGCAAGAAAAAAAUUCAGGAAAUGAAAGCUGCUGAUAGACGCGUAAAGGCUAAGAAUGAUGACAACAAGAGAUUUCGAGGUGAUCAUACAGUUGUAAUCAACAAGUUUGUUGACACUGCCAUGGAUGGAAAGUCAGAAGCAGAAAAUGCAUGCCAUCAUGGACUAGUUGAUCCUACGAUAAAUAUGAAGGAGGCCAUGAAUGCCAUUAACAGCAUGUUUAGUGAGCCAUUAGAGACUGUUCCUUUGGCUAGGAAAUCGCAUAAAAACAAUUCGAAAGAAAGUCUCAGUACACAGAACAACUUUGAAGUUUUUGUUGAUGAAAACUUGGACAAUGAAAUUAAACCAAGUGGUUCCUUAUCGCUUCAGCAAAGGACUGAAGCUAGAAAACCUCAACAAGAGUCACUCCAGAUAUAUAUUGAUGAUGAAGGAUGUUCCGAAGGUUCUACUUCAUCAGCUCCAAAAACAAAUGGCUUUGUUUUUCCCCGACCUAAGGAUGUUUGUUCUGAGAAAUCCAGGGAUAUGGAUGCACAAAGGUGUGGUAAUUCAAAGUUCAGAGAGGAUACAGUUGUUCGCAGAUUUGUUGGUUCUGCCAUUUUGGAUGAACCAAAGGUGGAGAAUGCUUGUCACCACGGCUUAGUAGACCCCACAAUCAACAUGAAGGAAGCAAUGAAUGACAUAAAUAGCAUGUUUGGGAAGCCAAUAGAUUUUGUUAGGAAAAAAAGAUCAGUGAAGCAGGAGAAAGCACCGGAGAACAAUAGCGGAAAGGACUUUGGUGGUGGGUUUUCAAUCCUUGCUGAUGAUGAUGACGACGACCUUCAACAGAAACAACGUCCUCCACUACCAAAACCGCUAGCAAAGUCGAAGGGAUCAGAUUUAUUUGAGCCAACUCUCCACACAAAAGAAGCCAUGGAUGACAUUAACAAGAUGUUUAAUAUGCCUUUGGAUUUUUAGGUACAAGUGUUUUUGUUAUGCCUUUGGUUUUUUAGGUACAACUGUUUUUGUGGAUGAAUAUCCAAAUGUUUCCUCCUUUGAGAAACUAGUCCAAGGUUUGUUGUACCAAAUCACCCCCUUUUUAUGUGGAAAUUGUUUUUCACAGGGUUCGAGCGAGAGACCUCACUUGAGAAUAAUAUCUUGUACACAUUUGAGCAAUGCAUGCCUAGUGUAGUGUCAUUAAGCCAACCCAUUAGGGUAGGACCAGAGUGUUUGUUGAGUGCCAAUUCUAAUUUGUAAGCAGAAUUGUCUUGAUUUUAUGUGGUGUAAUCAAAUGAGAAGUUUCAUUUUUUUUUUUUCUUGAAAAGCUCAUGGCUUUUACAAACUUUAUGUGCUUAUGGUACUUGAAACUAGAUAUAGAACAGUCAAAAACUCAUUAAAAACAUAAAUUAAAUUAUCAGGGGUAACAUUACAAUUUGUGAACCAGUAUACCAAAAAUACAUAACAUAAGAUACAGUUUAAGAUUGAAAACUUAAUAAAGAGACAAAUUAUAGCAACAAGGUAAUAAUAGUAUGAAUCUCAAUGGUUUAUGAAGCGUAAUUCAUAAUUGUUUAAGGCAUUAGUAAUGAGUCUUUGAGCAGUCAGGAGGAUGGAAAGCCAAGGGACCAGCAGCAUAUAUAACAGCCUGAUACUUACUUCCAUGCAAUCUCUUGUUCUCAUAACGAAGUGGAGAACCAUUCAAAC